UGAAAGGAAGUACUUCCGCUUCCGGGGUCAAAUAAGUUGCAAGGAUGGACUUUAGCCUGCUUGACCACUUACUACUAGUAAUUAGUGCCAAGGACAUUUACUAACCCGUGUUAUUUUGGAACGUAGCUGUGCGCAAGUGUGCAACAUGUUAAGAUAAGUUGAAGAUGUCAUCAACAACAAUGUCAACGACCCCACCCCGUUUCACACAGUUGAAUGACCUGGCCUCCGCAAAGGCAGGAGGCAGGGUUCUGUUUGCUACAGAUGACUGGUUUGCUGUGGCUGAUAAUCUUCUCAAGGGAGACCCACCCCAGUGGAAGGAGGGAGUGUUCACUGAGUAUGGCAAGUGGAUGGAUGGAUGGGAGUCCCGGAGGAAGAGAAUGGAGGGCCAUGAUUGGUGCAUUGUCCAGCUAGGUGUGUCAGGGGUCAUCAGUGGUGUGGAGGUGGACACCAGUUUCUUCACGGGCAACUACGCACCACGUUUCUCCCUGCAGGCUGCAUGUUUACCAGAUGGUACCACAUUCCCGGUCAGACAGGCGCAAAUGGGCACUGCUGCUUCCCCACAACAGCUAGCAGCCAUGGAGAACAUGCAAACAGAAAAAUGGACUGAGUUGGUUCCGUUGACAGCCCUGAGACCAGGCUAUCCCGACACAUGUAAGAACUACUACCACAUCACCAGCACACAGAGAUGGACUCAUGUCAGACUCAACAUGUACCCAGAUGGGGGUAUAGCCAGACUGCAUGUCUAUGGUAUUGGCAGCAAAGACUGGUCCACAGUGAAAAGCAAUGAACUGGUGGAUUUGGUUGCCAUGGAGAAUGGAGGGGUGUGUAUGGGGUUCAGCAAUGCCCACUACGGGCAUCCCCGCAAUGCCAUUGGGCUGGGUAGGGCCGAGAACAUGGGGGAUGGCUGGGAGACUGCUCGCAGGUUGGACAGGCCUCCCAUAUUACAAGCUGACAAGAGUGGUGUACUUAUGGUGCCAGGUUGUGAAUGGGCUGUUUACAGACUGGGGCAUCCUGGAGUCAUCCUGAAGGUUGAAAUUGACACCAAUCAUUUCAAGGGAAACUACCCAGACUCCUGCAGAAUUGAAGCCUGUGCACUGUCUGCUAGAGAAGAACAGGCCCUAUUUGGGAAGGAGGGAGCUGCUAUUGGGAGUGAAGAAGCGAAGUGGAAAACUCUGCUUGGCCCGACAAAGUUGUCUGCCCAUCGCCGCCUGUUCCUGAGCGGAGGCCAGGUGCAACCGGUGGGCGUGGUUACUCACGUCCGCCUGACCAUGACGCCUGACGGUGGGAUCAGCAGGAUGAGGCUGUGGGGCUACCCUCGGGCUCCCAACCCUGCCAAACUGUAGCUUCCACCGAUGGAACUGGACUGCUUUUUCCACCAACCCUAGCUAGUACAUACAUACAGUCAGACCAACCCUGCCAAACUGUAGCUUGUACAUACAAGCACGUGGGCAGAACAUACUGCAUCUGUGCGAAACCUGUAAUGUAUUGUGCAUAGCACUUCAGCAGAACUUCUCAUAGACGCCCUUAAAGGGUGUAUUUGUGAUAUAUAAUGUUAACACUCCGUCUGUAGUUUCCAAAUGUCAUGUCAGAAAAGAUAUCGUCUGCAACAGGCAAAAUUCUGAUGCAAUGUUGACAAAAAAUCCAGCUAAAACCAUAUAAAAAUGGCGGUUUUGCACAGGCGCGCACAGUAUGUUCUGCUGACAUGCUGUACAUUAGUACAGUCAUCCUGUGGGACGUCAAGCUCCCAACCCUGCCAAACUGUAGCUACAUGUAGUACGUACAUACAGUCAAACCUUCCAGCCAACCACCAACAAUCUCUUGUACAUUGAAACAGUCCGUCCAAUUUUACCCAGUGAAGACUUUCUGCCAAAAAUACCAGAACUCUUACCUCAGUGGUGAGUGGUUGUUGAGACCAGGUUUGACUGUAUGUCCACAAUGUGGUGAAAAUCAGCAAGUGCCAUUCUACUUUAUUGACAAAAGCUGAACUAAAAUGUCUUCAUCUGUGUUACAAUAUCAUUGUUAAAGACUGAUAGGGCCCUUUUCUGGACUGUCCAGGGGAUCAGCAAGGAUUGCUAG